AUGGUCGCUGCUGCUAAUUCGUCUGACGCUACUGGUACCUGGCACCGCGUGUCGAAGGGACCCACUCCAUACCAAGUCUACGGCAAGCCUAUUGAGAAGUCGCCCCAGGAUGACCGCGAGUAUAGAGUAAUCAAACUAGACAACGGCCUGGAGGCCAUGCUUGUUCACGAUAUGAAGGCGGACAAGGCUGCUGCCAGUCUGGAUGUGGCUGUUGGCCACUUGUAUGACCCGGAUGACAUGCCCGGACUCGCGCAUUUCUGCGAGCACCUCUUGUUCAUGGGGACCGAGCAAUACCCGAAGGAGAACGAAUACUCGGAGUACCUUGCGAAGAAUAACGGCGGCUCCAACGCAUACACUGGUACAUCGAACACGAACUACUACUUCAGCGUCUCUACCGCCGCGCUCCCAGGUGCCCUGUCGCGCUUUGCCGGAUUCUUCCACUCCCCACUCUUCGCCCCGUCCUGCACUGUGCGCGAGCUCAACGCAGUCGACUCGGAGCACAAGAAGAACCACCAGAGCGACUUGUGGCGCAUCUUCCAGGUUAACAAGCAUCUGAGUAAGGACGGUCACGUUUGGCGCAAGUUUGGUUCCGGCAACAAGGAGAGUCUCUCGCAGGUCGGGAAAGACCUCAAGGCGAAGCAGAACGGCAACGGCAACGGCAGUCUGAACGGCAAUGGCGCAAUGAAAAGUGCGGAUGGUAGCUUGGCUGCUACGCCGAACGACUCCAGGGCAGCGUCUCCCGCUCCUUCGGUAAGCUCUGCGAGCAGCGAACUGGAAGGAGAUGGCGGUGUGAUCGGUCGGGAAACUCGUCGCAGGUUGGUCGAAUGGUGGAGUCGGGAAUAUUGUGCGAGCCGCAUGCGCCUCUGCGUCGUGGGUAAAGAACCACUGGACGUGCUCGCUGACAUGGUCGCUUCUCUCUUCUCGCCGAUCCCCAACCGUGGCAGGGAACCCUUGCACAUGAUUACUGAUCAUCCAUUCGGGCCGAAUGAGAUGGGGACGCUAGUGUCAGUACAGACAAUCAUGUCCUUCCAUGCUCUCGAAGUCAGCUUCCCUCUGCCGUACCAGCCUCCCAUGUGGCGUCACAAGCCAGGAAACUUCCUAGCCCAUUUCCUCGGCCACGAAGGACCCGGCUCUCUCCACUCCUACCUGAAGCAGAAAGGCUGGGUUACCGGCCUGAGCGCUGGCCCCCAGAACCUUGCCAGAGGAUUUGCCAUGUUCAAGAUCACACUGUACAUGACGCCCCAAGGGUUUGAGCAAUACGAGACGCUCGUCCUAUCUGUCUUCAAGUACAUCGCCCUGCUCCGGUCCUCCUCCUUCCCCGCCUGGUAUCAGCGCGAACGCAGCCUAAUUUCGGCCACGCGCUUCCGCUUCGCGGAGAAGCGCCGCCCGGACGACUACGCCGUCUGGGUGUCCGAGCACAUGGCGUGGCCCGUCCCGCGCGACCUGCUCCUCUCCGCCCCUCAGCUUACGCAGGAGUGGGAUGAGAGCGACCAGGUGAACGGGGGCGAGCGCGAAAUGCGUGCACUUCUGGACACGCUUACGGUCGAGAGCUCGCGCACGGUGCUCAUGGCCAAGGCAGACGAGUUCGAGCGCGUGCUGGGCAAGGACCUGGUGUGGGAGAAGGAGCCGUGGUACGGCACACCGUACCGCGUCGAAAGGCUUAGUGAGGAGUUUGUCAAGAAGGCGGGCGGGCCGAAUGACCUCAAGGAGCUGUUCCUCCCCGGCCCGAACGAGUUUAUUCCGACGAACUUGAACGUUGAGAAGCGGGAAGUCGAGCAGCCCGCGAAACGGCCCUCCCUCAUUCGCGAGACGCCGCUGUCGUCGCUCUGGCACAAGAAAGACGACCAGUUCUGGGUUCCGAAGGCGCAGGUCAUCAUGGACAUUCGCAGUCCGAUACCCAAUUCCUCUGCUCGGGCAUUCGUCAUGACUCGCUUGUUUGCUGACCUCGUCACUGACUGCCUCACGGAGUUCGCGUACGAUGCUGACCUCGCGGGGUUGUCAUACAACUUUGGCGCCCACUCACUUGGGCUGUACGUCACUCUCAGCGGGUACAACGACAAGCUGCAUGUCCUGGCCAAGGAUGUGCUCGAGCGUGCCAAGGCCCUCAAGGUGAACCCCGAGAGGCUCAGCGUCAUGAAGGAUCAGGCGAAACGGGAGUAUGAAAACUUCUUCCUAGGCCAGCCAUACCGUCUAUCGGACUACUACGCGCGGUAUCUAUUGACUGAGCGAGAAUGGACCAUGGCCGAACUGCUAGAAGAGGUCUCAACCGUUACGCCAGAAGAGCUUCAAGGCCACAUUGCGGCUGUGCUAUCGAAGGCCCACAUCCAGAUGCUCGUAGUCGGCAACAUGUACAAAGAUGAAGCGUCCAGAUUGGCUCAGAUGGCAGAAGACAUCCUCCAGGCAUCGCCCAUCCCGGCUUCAGAAGUCCUGGAGAGGUCGCUCCUGCUUCCAUCAGGCACGACGAAACGCUCCAACCUCAUCUGGCAAACCCCCGUGCCGAACAAGAACGAGCCAAACUCAUCUUUGACCUACUACAUGCACAUGGGCAAGCUCACCGAGCAGCGCCUACGCGCGACCGCCGCGCUCCUCGCACACAUCCUCUCCGAGCCUGCGUUCAACGUGCUCCGCACGCGCGAGCAGCUCGGCUACAUUGUCGCCGCCUCGCAGUGGAACCUCACCGGGGGCGGUCAGACCGGCGUGCGAAUCGUCGUGCAAAGCGAGCGCGGGCCAGCAUACCUGGAGCAACGCGUAGAGUCAUUCUUGAAGGAGAUGGAUGAGAAGCUGCAGACGAUGCCCAUGGAGGAGUUCCUCGAGCACAAGGCGGCGUUGCAGAAGAGGUGGCGCGAGGCGCCCAAGAACCUCGGAGAAGAGGUGAACAGGUAUUGGGGCCACAUCGAGCACGGAUACCUCGACUUCCACCGUCGCGACAAGGAUGCGGACUUCCUGGAGAACGUCACCAAGGACGACAUCCUGGCGCUAUUCCGCUCGAAUGUCGAUCCGUCAUCCUCCGGCCGAGCGAAGUUGUCCGUGCAUGUGAAGUCUCAGCAGCCGCGCCCCGCGAAGAUCACGGUCGCCGCAAUGGAAGCAUUCGCCCAGAAGGUUGCCGAACGCGGAUACAAGGUUGACGAGCAGGCAUGGAAGGAUGCUCUGAGCGCGGAUGGCGACGCCUCCGUGGAGAAGUUCGGGGGCUACUGGCGCGACGCGCUGCUGGCGCAGGCAUCGACGGUCGACCCGUCGGUCGCCCAGGAGCUCACGAAGGUCGUCCCCGAGCUGAUGAAGGCAUACCCGGCUGCCGACGAUGGUAGCGAGGCCGUGAACGAGGGCGCGACGUUUGUGCAGGACCCCAAGGCGUUCCGCGCGUCGUUGGAGGCGUCGGAGCGACCACACCCUUUGGUCGAAUGGGGCGAUCUUCCUACAUCGAAGUUUUGAUUAUCGUACACUGCUUUGGCUUCUAAUGUGUAUCCUUAGCUCAUCUUUGUUUUGAAAGACAGCUUUCGCGCUCAGAGCAACAUGAUUAUCAUAUUCGCAGCCUUGCACCUUGGAUGGCGUCUCUGAGGGCUGCAGUGCAAGAUUUAUAGCACAUCAGAACGGAAAUGCGUUUCAACAGACCUCCUCCAAC